AAAUUAUCACUUGUACAGUAGAAACCUUACGACCUAUCUUUGUACCAUGAUGUGAGAGACCUGGCUUUAAUUGGUCAACAUGAGUUAACGCUUUGGGGAAGGGCUCCCUGGUGAGUUGAAUACGCACGCGCGGAGGCGACAGAUCUCUUCAAAUAAGCUCCAAACAGCGGGAGGAACAAGUGGCUACACGGAGGCAGUUCUGGAGAAGCCGUUUGUACAAGUCAAGAAAGGCAGCCGGGUUGCUGGAUAAGGUCUAGCUUUCACCUUUCAUUGUCUACGACCAGCCACGACAGCCCGCUGAGGCGUUGGAGAAGAACAGUUGGUGGCAGUGAAGACUACCAUGGACGCGAGGAUAGUUGCGCUGGUUGUGGCGGUGUUGGUGACAGAGGCGUGCGGGUUACACCAGCUGCAUGACCGCGGCACGGAUGUGUAUCUGCCCAACCCCCAGAGCCGAAGAGUUUACAGGCUUGGUGGCACCAGUUGGUUUGCAACAAUAAAAGCCGGAGCAACACCGCACAAAUGGUACGAAACCAUUAUGCGGCUCGACUCACCCCAUUUUGGCAAAAGACGCUCCGUGACCGACUACAGCCUUAACGUCCCCGAUGACAAGGUCGUUGGAGGAAUCGACGAUCGUCGGGAGGGUCCGGAAAGAGUCCCGAUUAUCCUUUCCGACAGCGAUGUCGGAAGGGAUCGGCAACGUUCGGGAGAGAGAAUCUUCCAAGUGAACAGAGGCGGCCAAAAAUGCGUUUGCUGGUGACGUCAAAAAUAUGGCUGGAAAUGAUGAUUCUCAGAAUUUUUGUCUUUGGCUCAAAAUGUUUUAAGUACAGCUAGCUGACACUAUGAACUUAUCAACUUUAGAAUUGAUGAUUGUUUACAUGAUUUCAUCAUGUUUUGAUAUUCUACAUUGUAUCAAAAGAGGUGUUUAAGAGAUUCAAGCAAGUGGCAGAUGUAUUGUACCACACAGAUAACACAAAGAAUUUGAUGAAGAAUUGGCCGUUUUCAGCACUAGUCUUACAUGUAGCAGUGCAUAUAUAGGUCUAUUGAAUUCAUUUAUCUGUUAUGAGGUGAAUAGAAUCGUAAACAUAAGAAUAAUAAUAAAAUAAAUCUGACAACCUUUA